AUGCUUUCACCCUCCUUCUCACUCGGCAAUAUCCGCAGGCUCGAGCCUAUCCUCAGGGUCAAGACGCAGGAGCUCUGCCGACUGAUUGACCAACAUAUAGAUCCCGAUGGUGAGGGUUCGGCUGGCUCCAUUGACUGCGCCGAGCCAUUUUCAAAGGCCACCCUGGACAUCAUGGGAGUCCUGGCGCUGGGAGUCGAGCUUUCGAACCUCACGUCGGACAAGGGCGACAAAAACGAGUACUCCUUCCACGAGGCGUACAAGACCAUCUUGGCCCCCGACAAGACCGGCUCAUCUCUCUUGUUCAUCAACGGCUUCUUCCCAAUUCGCUGGCUGCCGAUUCAAGCCAACCGGGAAUUCCUUCGCGCCACCAGGUGGGUAAGAAACGCACUGACCCAGCUUAUUCGUACUCGGCAUCGCGAUGUUCGCGAGGCGAGGGCGGCGGGAAAGGAUAUCGCAUGCGAUAGCCGCGACAUCCUAACGUUCAUGGCAACUGAGAGCCUACUAGGCGGUGCCGCCGAAUGUUAA